GCUGCCCUUGAUAAAUCAGUCGCUCCUGGUGGAAACUUCGACUUUUCCAAUUGGGAGCUUCAGCUCUGCACUGGCUCCAAGGACUCUCCUGACACUGAAUCCAGUUCGUCCCUCAAGGGUGACGGUGGCUAUGAGGAUGACAAGUACUUUUACACCUCUAGUACUGACGGUGCACUCGUCAUGAAAGUUCCUGGAUCCCCUUCAUCUUCUGGCUGUGUUACAACCACCAACUCCCUUCAUUGUCGUACGGAACUACGUGAACUUGGUAGUUGGGAUCCCCAGGAUACGAACAAGCUGACCGUGUCGCUUGCUGUUAUUCAAGCCGAUGACAGUGAGCACGGGACUGUCAUCGGCCAAAUCCAUAUUGAUGAUAGCGUUUCCACCAAGCCGGUCAUUGAGCUGUAUUACAACAGUAAAGGCGUAAUUGCAGCUGGUGUAGAACAGACACGUAGUGGGGGGGAUGAAAAGUUCACGACUUUUGAAACCACUGUUCCGCUUGGCACCGAAUUCACAUAUGAAAUUGAUUAUAGCGGGGGAACGUUAAAAGUUACUGUCAAUGGGGAGGAAAUGACGCUCGAUACAUACGAUUUGGAUUCGCCAAAGAGCUAUUUCAAGGCGGGAAACUAUAAUCAGGGAUCGAGUCCAUCAGAGGUCCAUUUCUAUUCCAUCUCUAUCGAGCAUUAG